UCAGGCAAUGGCGUCUGCUGAAGCCAAGACGACCCAGCCGCAAACCCUAGACUCUAAGGAGUCUCACUACAUGAAGCUCCUCAGCCGCUCCUGCAAAGCCGGAAAGUUCAACGAGUCCCUCUAUUUCCUGGAGUACAUGGUGGGCAAAGGCUACAAGCUCGACGUCAUCCUCUGCACUAAGCUAAUCAAGGGGCUCUGCAGCUCGAGGAGCGUCGAUAAGGCCGUGCGCGUGAUGGACAUCCUGGAGUCUCACGGUGAGCCCGAUGUCUUCGCUUAUAACGCGCUCGUCAGCGGCUUCUGCAAGGCCGGCCGCAUCGAAUCGGCUAUCGAGGUCCUCGGUCGGAUGAAGAGCCGGCGCUGUCCUCCGGACAUCGUCACCUACAAUAUUCUCAUCGGCUGCUUCUGCACCAGGGGGAAGCUCGACCUGGCCCUGGAGGCCUUGGACAGGCUUCUGGACGACAAGUGCCAGCCGACUGUUGUCACCUUCACCAUCUUGAUCGAGGCGGCGCUGCUGCAGGGAGGGAUUGGCGAUGCCAUGAAAUUUUUGGACGAGAUGAUGUCGCAGGGGCUUCAGCCGGAUAACUACACUUACACCGCCAUAAUCCGAGGGCUGUGCAGAGAAGGAAUGGUGGAUGCGGCGUACGAGUUCCUCAAGAGCUUGCCUUCGAGAGAAUGCGACCCGGAUGUAAUGUCCUACAACGUCUUGCUCCGUGGGUUGUUGAGUUACAAGAGAUGGGAAGAUGGAGAGAAGGUUGUUGGUGAAAUGCUUGAGACAGGUGUGAAGCCCAAUACUGUUACCUAUAGCCUUUUGAUCAACUCUUUGUGUCAUGAAGGUAAGCUAGACAGAGCAAAGCAGUUGCUUGACGAUAUGAUCAGCAGAGGGCUGAAGCCUGAUUCUUAUAGCUAUGACCCCUUGAUCUCUGCUUAUUACAAAGCACAGUGGGAAAUUCUUAGGUCCGUGCUUUGUGAGAAUUAUAUUGUGAUAGAGCUUGUUUUUAUGAAUGUGUUUGCACUGGUCUUAGCUAGAGGCAUAGAGUGCGACAUUGCAUUACUUGCAGUUGAGAGUGAAGAAUUCUGGAAAGGUGCUGAACCACUUCGUUUUGGUCAAUUGCCUUGCCUUCAGGAUAAUGAAGAGCUGGAAAAUUGUAAAUAA